CAGCGAGCCAGCACAGUGAAAGCAAUCAACCCAAGAAGCGAAGCCAAACAGCACUCGCACACAACAACAGCAGACGUCAGCUUGUGCUUGUGUGCUGGUGUUGUUGUUUUGUUGUUUGGAACUCGCUCGCUUACUCGCUCGCUCGUCGCUCUCUUGCUUCGCGCGCGCGUGUGUGUGUGUGUGCGUGAGACACGAUAUCAGCACCUCGCGUGUGAACAAGCCUCGACGACCACGGUUGUUCUUGGGACCAGCAACUCUCCGUCUCACCAAACCAGUGUCGCCAGCAACCACACAGCCAUGUCACUGACGGCGAGCUCGCACCGCACGUCGAUCGUGGAGCGCACUGCGCUGGUGGACUCCAUGCACCGCGCAGAAUCCCUCAAGCGCUCCAACCAGGCCAUGCGGGAUCGCAUCAUGGAGCUCCGCAAUGCUUUGCGCACGGAGCAGAAGCAGUCGCAGCAGGCGCACAAGGAAAAAGUUGCCGCUGUCCACGAGACACGGCAGCUAUCUGAGAUGGAGCAAAACCAGCGCCUGCUGCAGCAGGAGACGAAGCUGCUGAAGGAGCGCGCGCAGGAGAUCAAGCGGCUGAAGGAAGACCUGGAGCGCAAGCGCCAGCGCGAGGUUGAGGAGAUUAUCCGGCAACGCGACGAGGCCGAGGCAGCCCGCCACCGCCAGAUGCAGCAGGAGCGCCUCGAGGCCGAGAAUGCCCUUCGCGAGGAGGUCAAGAAGGAGACAGCAGCGGAGGUUGAGUCACGUCUUGGCGGCGAGAUUUCCUCUCUCCAGCGCGCUCUGCUCGACACAGAACAGCAGCUCGCACGGCUUGAGCGGCUGUAUGACGCCAAGUGCAAGCACGACGCGGAGAAGGCGGAGCAGAUCAAGGACCUGCGGCAGCAGCACCUGGAGGAGCUCAACAAGAUCCGCAAGGACAAUAACGCCUCCCUCAAGAACGAGAUGUCUGAGUUUCGGCAAAAGGAGCGGGAGAUUCGGGAUCUGCAGACGGAGCUCUCGGCGUUGCGCCGCAACUACGACCGCCUCUCAGCAGAGAAGAGCCGGGUUGAGGAGGACAUGCAGCGGUACAAGACGGCGGAUUCGCUGAGCAAGCGCACGCCAAAGAAGCUCAUGCCUGCCAUUGGGCAGUACGACCCAGCCAACCACGGGCCCGACCCGACUGUCAAGCGCGCCCGCACCCCGAGCAAGGCGGAUGCGGCCGAGCUGCGGAAGCUCAAGGCCAAGGCCGGCGACCAGGCGCGGGACAUUCGCCGCCUCAACGCGCGCGUGCACGAGCUUGAGGCGCUGCUGGAGAAGCAGCGGGCAGAGGCGGCGGUGGCGGCGGUGUCGCCCGCCAAGUCCACGGCAGCGAGCCCGGGCAAGAACGUGGAGGACCUGACACGCAAGGUGCGCAACCUGACCAACCAGCUGCGGCGGGACAAGCAGCAGCUCAAGGACCUGCAGUCCGAAAACUUCAAGUUGAAGAACAAGAACGAUGCCGUGAACCAGGAGCUGCAGAAGACGCGCCAGCUCUUGCAAAAGGCGGAGUCGAGCGCACGUGCACUAAGAGCCAAGAAGACACAGAUUCCCACGCCAACGAAGCCGCAGCCCGAGGACAAGCGCCUCGAGCGGCGGGUUGCUGAGCUUGAGCGGAUGUUGAGCGAGCGCACGGAGCAGGUUGACUCGCUUCGUCGCUCCAAGUCCAAGGCCGACACGGACAACAAGCGUCUCGCCUCCCGCGCAGAGGCGGCUGAGAACAAGGCCAAGCAGGCUGAGACAUCUGCGGCCAAGGCGAUGAAGCAGCUUGAGAGCAUGAAGGCGGCUGCGGAAACGAGCGCAGCGCGGCGGGCAGAGGCGACGGACCUCAAGGCCAUGAUUCGUUCCCACGAGGACACCAUCAGGCAGCUCAACAGGGAGCUCCUCAAGGCGCAGCAGCAGUUUACGCAGCUUGCGCGGGCCAACCCGGCCAACAGCGCAGCCAUUGUUGACCUCCAGUCCAAAUACGACGCCCUCAGGGCGACCGUCGACAUGGAUGCUGACACCGCAACGCUGGCGACGCGCAAUGCGGAACUGUCUGCGGAUGUGUCGCGGCUGCAGGAGCAGGCGGCGGCCGUUGCGCCACUGAAGCAGCAGAACGAGGCGCUCACCGCACAGGUCGCAGACCUCAAGGCGACAGUUGAGCAGCUUGAAGAGGCUGUGGAGGAGGCGCAGCAGGGCGCGAGCCAGCAGGAGACGGUGACAGCACUGGAGGCGAAGGUUGCGGCGCUUGAGGAUGAGGUGGCCGCACUGAACGGCGACCUUGCCGCUGCUGAGACAAAGGCCAGCGAAGACAGGCAGCAGGCUCAGGACACCCUUGCACAGACUGAGGCCCGCCUGCGUGACGAAAUUGCAUCGCUGGAGGAGCAGCUGCAGAGCGCAGAGUCUGAACGCGCGGCCGCACACACGCGCGCCGACGACGCCCAACAGGAGGCAGACACGCUUCGCUCGCAGCUUGAGGACAUGCAGGCUGCCCUCAACAAGGCUGAGGCAGACAAGGCCGAGGCUGUUGCUGCUGCCGGCGCUGUCUCACCAACGGUGGAAGAGGCACCCGUGAGCCCGACGCACAGGGAUGAGACGGCUGCAGCUGCCGUUGCUGCUGCACGCGCCCGUCGCGGCUCCAAGCUGAAGCAAGACAAAGCACAGCUUGAGGCCCGUAAGCGGGAGGAGGAAGAGAAGCGCAAGCGGGAAGAGGAAGAGGAGGCCGAGCUCCUUCGCAAGGAGAAGGAGGAGCAAGACCGCCUGCAACGCGAGCGCGAGGAGGAAGAAGAACAACAGCGCAAGCGUGAGGAGGAAGAGGCAAAGGCCGAAGCUGAGCGCCUGCAGAGGGAGAAGGAAGAGGAGGAGGAGAGGCUUGAGAGGGAGAAGGAAGAGGCCGAACGCAUUCAAAAGGAGAAGGAUGAGCAGGAGCGACUUGCACGUGAGCGCGAGGAGCAAGAACAGCGCAAGCGCGAGGAGGAAGAAGAACAGCGCAAACGGGACGAGGAAGAGGAGGUCGUGGAACCCCUGCAGCUGCCGCCCGCGUCGCAGCGCCCGAACAUGUUUUGGCGCGCGCUGUACGACUACGACCCGCUUGUGAGCUCGCCCAACGACUUUGGGGCGGACGAGGAGCUGACGCUCAUUGCCGGCACCAUCAUCGGCACGUUUGGGGAGAUGGACGAGGAUGGGUUUUACAUUGGCGAGAACGAGGACGGGCAGCGCGGGCUUGUUCCCUCCAACUUCCUUGGCGAGCUGACACCUGAGGAGGAGGAGGAGGCGCGCGCGCUCAUGGGGGAGGAAGCGGCCGCCACGGGCUCUGCAGCCGUUAACGAGGCAAUGCAGACCGGUGAAGAGAAAGAAGGCGAGGGCGAGGCGAAGGCAGAUGCACUGCUGCCCCCUGAUGAGCUGGCACUGAGCGACCUCCGCCCCGACUGCGCCGUGGUGACGUGGAAGCUUCCGCUCAACCUCAACCCCGUGGACCACUAUGUCGUGCAGAUGAACGACCAGCACGUGGCGGAGAUUGUGGACCCCACGUGCACGAUUGCCCAGAUUGAGGAGGCGUACCAGCCCGGCGAGACGUACACGGUGCAGGUUGUCUCUGUUGGCUACGAGGGCGAAAAGUCGGAGCCCUCUCGCCCGCUCACGUUCAUCUGCCCCACACCCGAGGCGCAGGCCGAUGCCGGGGUGUCGCUCGCGGAGGCGGCAGCGGAGGGCCAGCAACCUGUGCGGCUGUUUGUUGCACUGUACGACUACGACCCGGAGACCAUGUCGCCAAACGACGCAUUUGAGGACGAGCUUGAGCUGAAGGAGGGCAUGGUGAUCAAGGUGCUGGGCGAUGUGGGUGAGGACGGCUUCUUCCUUGCAGAGCACAACGGCCGCCAGGGUCUUGUUCCCUCCAACUUUGUUGAGGAGCUCAACCCAGAGACUGUCUCCGAAUUCACAGACACUGCGGACUUUGUGAGCCAGGCCGACAGCGCAGACGUGCAGGAGGCCGAGGAUGAGCCAGAAACUGCACUGCAGGCGGAUGUUGGCGUUGGCACGCUCGUGCGCGCCCUCUACGACUACUUGCCCGAAGAGCUCUCGCCCAACGAUGACAUUGCCGAGGAGCUGUCUUUCCACAUGCACGAUCUCAUGCGUGUCGUUGAGCCUCGUGACGACGACGGCUUCUUCAAGUGCGAGCACAUCCAGUCUGCGCGCCAGGGGUAUGUGCCAGGCAACUUCAUUGCGCCCGUGCCUGAGGAGGAGCUUGAGGCCGCCAACAACACGACUGCCGCCUCCUCCGCUGCUCAGGGGAACAGCGCUGCACACGCAGGCAGCACAGCCAGCAGCACCACCUCCUCCACAAAGAAGAAGGGCUUCUUCAAGGUCUUCUCCAAGCGUUAGCUGAGGCAGUGUCAAGAAGUCGUGGCUGUCGUGGCAUUUUCCAUCUUUGUUGGCUCGGGAUGCCUGCAAGCACGACAAUCCACGGCCGUUGAUGUGUGUGUGUGUUUGCGAGUGCUUGCUUUGUGUGUGAGUGCUUUCUUUGUGUGUUGUGUGUUUGGGUUUGUUCACGCGCAUAUGUGUGGGAGUGUGUGGCUCCAUUUUGUGUUUUAUUCCAGCCAGUUAGCGCCUCUCUCAUCCCCAGCUGCCACCGCUCCCGUGUUGUGGCUGUAUGUGUGUGUGUGUGUGUGUGUGUGUGUGUGUGUGUGUGUGUGUGUGUGUGUGUGCGGAUGCGCCUGAUUUAUGCGUGCAUGUGUAUUGUGUAUGUGUGUGUGUGAAUGACCUGCUUUUCAACUGCAUGCACUGAUCCCUUUCGCGUGAGAUAUCUUGGGCUUCCCCUUUAUGUGUGUGUGUGUGUGUGUGUGUGUUU